ACUAUCGAUCGUAAAACAGCACGGCGAGCGAACGCAAUGACCGUCCGAUAGGCAGCGGGGCAAAACAGUAAAUGCGAAACAAGGCGGUCGGCGAUUCCGCCGCCAAGUUGGGUUUGUUGAACAAGCACUAUAUAUACACAGAGAGAGGUACGACCUUUCAAUUCGCACCCACGUUUCUGAAUUCGUUUUCUGAGAACAAAAUCUCUCCUCUUUCCAAAUCCAAACCCUUUCGACCCCCAAGAGAUGGCCCGUACCAAGCAAACUGCUCGUAAGUCCACCGGAGGCAAGGCUCCAAGGAAGCAACUUGCUACCAAGGCUGCUAGGAAAUCAGCCCCUACCACGGGCGGCGUGAAGAAGCCCCACAGAUACCGCCCUGGAACUGUUGCUCUUCGUGAAAUCCGCAAGUACCAGAAGAGCACAGAGCUGCUGAUCAGGAAGCUCCCGUUCCAGAGGCUGGUUCGUGAAAUUGCGCAGGACUUCAAGACUGACCUGCGUUUCCAGAGCCAUGCUGUCUUGGCACUGCAGGAGGCUGCCGAGGCGUACCUCGUCGGGCUGUUUGAGGACACUAACCUGUGCGCCAUUCAUGCCAAGCGCGUCACUAUCAUGCCGAAGGAUAUCCAACUUGCCAGGAGAAUCCGCGGUGAGAGGGCUUAAGAGAUGAAGAAACACAAGAGAAGCUGCUCUGUGUAAAAGGGCUUUCGAUGGGCAAGCUUGGAUCUGAUUGAUUAAUGGCACUUAGAUUUUAGGGUUUAUAAUUUGUUUUGGUUAAUGUGUAAUUUUCAAGAAUUGAAGACUUUGGUUGCAAUUGUAAUUGUGUUGAACCUCUUUCGAGUUCUAUCGACUUGAUAAAUGCAGUUUGUGUUUCUAAA